AAAAAAAAAAAAAAAAAAAAAAAAAAAAAAAAAAGAAUCAAAGAAGCAAGAAAUCGAACGAUAUACCAAGUUCCCAAAUCGAUAAGGAAUGUGAUGGGUUUUGGGGGGUUUUCAAGAGGUGUUUGGAGAAGAGGACCAAAUAAUGCCAAAGAAACAAAGCCACGACUCGACCGAAAACGCUAAAACAACCUCUGGUUCGUCUAUAGACAGACAGAGGAGGAGGAGAAGAAGAAAGCCUCUGCGAGUCGGUUCUUUCCCCAGGACAGGCAGGCGCGUCGGGGAAGAUACUGGAUGAACUCUGGAUACCUGCCGAUACCCCUCCACGACAAGCCCACCUAUCUGCCCACCGUCCUGAACAAGGACAUACGUUGCGGCCGGCACCUUAGCAUUCCGACCUCGAGGUCCGAGACCUACCGUUUUCAGAUUAAACCCGAUACCGAGUCGAGCGAGCGUUGCGUUAGGAACUGAGCCACGAACGAGUAUCAGAGCUUAAUUUGUAUAUUCUUUUUGACAUUUGUUUUACUUUUGGAGGAAACCCAGUCGACUCGACGCCGUGCAAAUCCACUCUUCAUUAGGUACCUACCCAGAGUGACGGUACAAGGGGUAUUAUUAUUGAGAGGAGGAAAAGAGAAGGAAAGGAAAGAAUCACCUCGAAAAAGGGUCAACGAACAACCCCACCAUCCAACUCGCUACGGAUACAGCGCUGUGCGGGACCUGGUCCUCCCCCGGAACAGCUUUCCGGCAGCGGCUGAUUGGUCAGUAGCAGGGGUUGACUAGCGUUUUAGCGUAGUAUUUUGUCUCCCGGGUGGGCUGCAAAACUCAGUUUGCUAGUCGCAAUGUACUAUUGGGCAGCAGCCAGCCCCCCCUUUCAUCAGGGAGUGGGCAGCAACAGGAAGAACAACAACAACAACAACCGCCAGCCGCCGUCCAACUUGACGAGAGACUCUUCUUCCCAAAGCUCAGCUUCAUCACCGCCGCAGUCACAGCCUCUCGCAAGGUCCAGUUCGACAAGUCGGGCCGUCAAUCGGCGCCCGCUCUUGUUUGGCCACGCGAGGACAGCAUCCACCGACAGCAACACCCCCCAACGAGGAGGCGCUGACGGGGAAGCUGCCAGCGGUGACAGGGAGCGCCCCGCUCAUUCGAGCCGCUGGCACCACCACUUGCAUCUGAGGCGAACGGCGACGUCACCGGAAGCUGCGACAUCGACGCCAGAAAGCAGUGCCAAACAGUCUACGUCGACUGAGUCCGAUCAAAGCCUCUACUACUCAUCUCAAAAUUGGCCACUUCCCGCCGUCGACGCACCAGCAGCAACAGCCCCGCCCUGCGUUGACCGACACGUGCUAGCCGCAGCAGAAUCUGAUCCCGAUUCUACUCCCGCCUCUGCGCAACAACCACAUCGGCAGCUCCAAGAGCCACCGGAAUCCUCGGAUCGCUCAGCAUCGUCUUCAAAGUACCAGACCAAGGAACUGCAGAUCAACACCAAUUUGCAACCUGCGAACUCCGUCCCAAGGUUCGCGAGCGCACCAGCUACCGCCGAAUCAAACCCGGCUUUAGCUGUUGGCGUCGUCAAUAACAUCUCGCCCUCGAUAGCUGCUCUCGCUGCUGCCUCUGGAGCUUCUAUACCAUACGCUCUCGCCUCGCCUAGCAAAAGCUCCUUCAGUCAGCGAAUCUCACAACACAUUUCAGACAGACGAAGCCAAAAGCAACAGUCCUCGACGCAGGCGCCGUUGCCCCCAUUCAAUAAGACGUCAUCGACUCAGGCCCAACCCAAGUCGCACGAAACAAAUAGAAAACAUCAUUAUGCCGCCAUGCCACAUGGCACCUCAACAAAACAUAAACUCAACAUUAUACCCCUCUCACACACCACGGAUAGCCUCUCGAGCAACUCCGCCGCCACGUCUCUAAGUGGUCGCACCAGGAUGUCCUCGACGGAUCAUCACUCCGACGCCGAGGGCUCUCAGAAUCGCCGAAGUGUCCGCCCUCAGAGGUACUUUGUCAAUCGCAAUGGCAGAACAUACAUUGCGGACCCGACCGUCCUUUAUCCUCUGCCGGUCGACCUGCCAGAGCUCAACCGCCAGUCGCUGCGCACGCUCAUGAUGCUCAAGCUCUUUGGCAGGCCGAUAUGCUCGCCCGUAUUCCGUGACCGCCCACCCGUCCGCGUGCUGGACAUUGGCUGCGGAUCUGGCUUUUGGAGUAUGAAGUGCCACCAAUACUGGUCCAAGAGGGGUCAUCCAAACGUCCAAUUUACCGGCCUCGACAUUGUACCCAUCGGCGGCGGCGGCGCCUCUUCCAGCAGCAGCCGCAGCGGCGGCGGCGGCAGCGACAGUCUUGACAUCCCUCCGCGACCUGAUAAGGACAUGAAGUGGCGUUUCGUCCAGCAUGACUUGCGCAAGACCCCCUACCCGUUUGCAGACAACGAGUUCGACCUUGUUAUGUUACAAAGCGUCACUAUGUCGGCGCCGCAGAGCGUAGGCGACGACGUCAUGGACGAGGUGAUGCGCAUUUUGCGUCCCGGCGGCGUCGUUGAGUUUUGGGAGGCCGACUACAUUGUCCGCAUGCUGCGGCCCCACGUCCCCACCACAGCAUUAGGCUCCGGGUCGGGCAAGCAGGCUGCCGAAGAUGACUCUGAGGGCUCUGAAGAUGACUCGGAUGAGGACGAGGACUCAGAUGAUAGCUCAUCGGAAGAGGACCCGGAUAGAGCGGCGGCGUCGCUGGGUGCCUAUGUCAUGACGGCCAACACACCCAUGUCAUCGCCGCUCAACAAUUACCUGGUCGAAUAUAACAGCUGGGUGACCAAGGCGCUUGACGCGCGGUCGCUCAGCCCGGUGCCUUGCACCAUCAUCAACCCCCUUCUGCUGCAGGAGGAAGGCCUCGUGGGGAUCGGGUCCAAGAGGCUGGCAGUUCCACUUUCAGAGGUCAAGUGGGAGCGCGAAGGUGUCGGCGGUGUGGUGACCAAGGAUGGUAAAAGCUACGUCAAGGGCCUGCGGGGUGAGGGCGGCGGUGCUGCCAACAACAACGACAGCAGCAGCACGACCAGCGCCGGCGGCAAGGGCAAGGCGCUGUCGGCAAACCAGGCGGCGCUGCGUAGGACGGCGUUGCUGACGGUUGUGCAGUUGAUCCAGAGCCUCGAACCGGUGCUGAGGGAAGUGAGCGGAAAGAGUCAGGACGAGUGGGACGGGUGGCUCGGCAAGAUGAUGAACGACCUGCUAAAGGAGAACGGUACAAGCUGGGGUGAAUGUCUCGAGUUGGGGGCUUGGUGGGCCAGAAAGAGAAAGUAGGAUGAGGAUUUCCAAGGUGUUGUAGGCGGUCCUUUGUAGUCGUUUACGCCAUCCCUCUCUUUUUGGAUGUUUGUUCUUUUAGCUCGUUUUCUUCAGACAAUGUUACGAGACAGGCACAGGCGGCAUGCGGCGUUUUUAUGAACUCAGUUGUUUUGUUCAUUCCAGUUUUUGAUUGUUAUGAUUUUUUGAUCUAUGUCUUUCAGAAUAUGAAGC